UGAUGGUUUUGAUGGUGUCAGAAAGUGUGUUGAAGUGAAUGAGAAUGAGAGAGUUGUUACGCGUGCGGCUGUGAAGUGAGGAAGUAUUGAGGAACUGGGUGUUUCUUUACAGAACGUUGAGAUGAUAAAAAGAAUACUGUGCACAUGUGCAGGUACGAGUGACUCUCUUCUUGUCUGUGCUGCCAGAAGAAGCGAAGACACAACAUGGUUCGGUGGUUCCACAGAGACAUCAGCGGCCUGCAGGCCGAGGACAUGCUGAAGAAUCGAGGUAUUCACGGCAGCUUUCUGGCUCGACCCAGCAAGAAAAACGUGGGAGACUUCUCGCUGUCUGUCAGGGUGGGCGAGCAAGUGACCCACAUCCGGAUCCAGAACACGGGAGACUACUACGACCUGUACGGCGGGGAGAAGUUUGCCACCCUGUCAGAGCUGGUGGAGUACUACACGGCUGAGAACGGCAUCCUGCAGGACAAGGACUCCACCAUUAUCGAGCUCAAAUACCCCCUCAACUGCUCCGACCCCACCACUGAGAGGUGGUAUCACGGUCACCUGUCUGGGCCCAACGCAGAGAAGAUGCUGUGUACGCGAGACGAGCCGGGGGUCUUCCUGGUCAGGGAGUCGCUGUCCAAACCCGGAGACUUUGUCCUGUCGGUGCUGACGGAGGAGAGGAGCAAAACUGGAGGAAAGAGGGUCUCCCACAUCAAGAUCAUGUGUCAGAAUGACAGGUACACGGUGGGAGGCUCAGAGAUGUUUGACACGCUGAUGGACUUGGUGGAGUUGUACAAACGCAAAGGCAUCGAGGAGAUCUCUGGGAACUGGGUUCAUCUGAAGCAGCCGUAUUACUCCACCAGGGUAAAUGCAGCAGAUAUCGACAACAGGGUGAAACUGCUGGAUCAAAAGACGCCGCAGGAUGGCGAGGGAGAGAAGAUUAAGGCGGGCUUCUGGGAGGAGUUUGACGCUCUUCAAAAGUUUGAGGCAAAGGUGAAGAAGAGUCGAGAGGAGGGCCAGAGGCCUGAAAAUAAGAGCAAGAACAGAUACAAGAACAUUCUUCCCUUCAACGACACCAGAGUCAUCCUGCAGGACACGGAUCCUCAAGUUGUGGGUUCAGAUUACAUCAACGCCAACUACGUGAGAAACAAACUGUCGGAGUCCGGACAGCAGAAAGUUUACAUCGCCACCCAGGGUUGCCUAGCAACGACGGUCAACGAUUUCUGGCAGAUGGUAUGGCAGGAGAACUCGAGGGUGAUCGUCAUGACAACAAGAGUGGUCGAGAAACAGCGGAAUAAAUGUGCGCCAUACUGGCCCGACCUUCAGAGCUCCAAGGCGUUCGGUCCCUUCAUGGUGACCUCGAGUUCAGAGCGGGAAGCUAUUGAUUACACGGUCCGGGUUUUGGAGAUCGCUCCUGUGGACGAGCCAAAACGUUCUCGUACCAUCUGGCACUACCAGUACAUGAGCUGGCCGGACCACGGCGUCCCUGAGGAGCCGGGUGGUGUCCUCAGCUUCCUCGGUCAAGUGAACUCUAAACAGGCCGCCUAUCCCGAUGCUGGACCCAUGGUCAUCCACUGCAGCGCUGGAAUCGGCCGAACGGGCACGAUCGUGGUGAUCGACAUGAUCCUCCAGACCAUUGAGACUAUAGGUCUGGACUGUGAUCUUGACAUCCCCAAGUACAUCCAGAUGGUGCGAGAGCAGCGCUCCGGCAUGGUGCAGACGGAGGCCCAGUACAAGUUCAUCUACCUGUCUGUAUCCGAGUGCAUACAGACCACCAAGGCCAAAGACUGUGCAUCCAUGGAGUGUGAGACAGAGUAUGGAAAUCUGCAACUCAAGCACCAACCAGCGAGCAGGAUGGUCUCAAAAACCAAGGAGGACGUUUACGAGAAUCUGUCUAAAGGAAAGAAAGAUGUGAAGAAGACAAAGUCGGACAAGAAAAGUGGCUCCCUGAAGAAAAGAUAGAAGACGCUUUUUAUCAAUGUGUUGUUGUAUUUAUGCAGGCUCUCUUUUGUUAAAGAAUUUAUAUUUUGGAUGCGACAAAAUACAAUUAAUUUGUGAAAUUACCCGGUGGACAUCUGGAUGCUUGGUUGAGAAUAAAGUCACAACAUGUGUGAACACU